GUCUAGUGGUUAGGACGGCGGUCUCAUAUGAAAUAUGACAGUUCCCAUCUAAAGGAAUUGCAAUCCGCAAGCACGAGUUCGAUUCUCGUUGGAAGCAUCUUUCUUUUUUUCCUGGAACCUAUUUUUUCCGUCUUCGCUUCCGCUUGGGAAUUCCGGAAGAGUUCCGCAGUCAGUCUGGGCUAAACUAAAUCGGGAGCUGUCUUUUCCCUUCCACUUUUUUUUUUUUUUUUUUUUCUGCGCCAGUGCGUCCCCAUGGAUAUGGGUCGUGAUGUCUUGCCAUGUGCCAUGUGGCGGCGGCCAGGCACAUGAAUAUGGAGCUCUGGAGUCUGCAGGGAUUUUUCGUGGCUUGAUUUUGAGGUACAUAGUAGUCCUCUGCCUGGCCACUCCAGCCUCACAACUCGAGAGUGCUUUCUGAGAGAGCUCGAAGCUGUGCGAGGUCCCGAGAAAUCUAGUUCACGCCUAUUAUCUGCAUGACCUCAAAUGCAGCAUCUCGAGGCCUACCGAGCACCAUUAUAUAUAGGCUAUAGAGUAGGUACUAGUAACCGUUUUAUACAGCCGCGCCAAUCAUAUCCAGAGCCCAGAAUACCAAGCUGUUGGCAAGGGCCUGGGCGUCUGCAGAGAAAAUCAAGCAGCAAGCCAGUUGAAGCCACAGUUUGUUUGGGGCGUUCUCGGUUGGCCACUCCGGAGAAGUCCGAGACCACCCUGCGAAAAUCCUUUGACGCCCAAGCCGAAUCCUUCAGUUUGGAGUUUGAGGCAAUUGAUUGAAUGCUGCAUGGAAGAUAUGAUGUAUGGCGGCUCGUGAAAAGCUUGAGUUUGUGCGGAAUCAGUGGUAUGCUUUGACCGAAGCCGCAUGCUUGUCAGUUGAAGUUUCUUCAAGGUUCUGGCCGAUGUUUGCUCAAGUGGAUAGAUAUCCGGACCAUGGAUGGAGGAUUUCGAGAACCAUAUGAUUUGAAUAAGCUAAAGGGACGCUAGCGGAGAGGAGUUCCUUUCUGUCAGAAAGGUGGUGACGGUGAUGUUGACGAAGCUGAGAGGGCACCUUGGAACCUUGAAAUGACUCGAGCCCAUCCUCCACAGAAGCUCGAACAACGUGAUGAACGGCAACUCGGAAGCGAGCUCGCUAGUGCAACAAUAUGCUCGACGAGAUGGACCAUCCUCCGUAGACGGUCGCAAUGGAGAGGUCGAUGCAGCCGGGGAUGCCGACAAUCAUGUCAUGGCCUUGGGGUCCACUCCACAGAUGGGAGAGAAAUUUUCCAACAGCGAACGCACUAACAGAGUCAUGCCGUCCGCUCUGGGCCAAUCUCCGUUUUGCACCCGUGGAACCAAGUGUUGUCGUGAUUAGUUAUCUGAUCAAGGUGCAAGUCCCCCAUCGGCUUAUCUGAUCCGAGCACAGUGCCAUUGAAAAGAACUCAUCGCAGUUGUAUCCGAUUUCUUUUUUUUCCCCGCCCGGAGUUCCAAGUUCCUAUAUAGACGCUCUUUCUCCCUUGCCAUUAUUGCGUUCUCUUCGUCCUGUUUAUCCUCCUCACUUUGUUGUUCUCGCUUUACUUGGUGCUCUCCUUCAGAAUGACCUUUUUGGAUAAGAUUCUCUCGCGCGACCGCGCUCCAUCUGAGACUCAGCCCCGGGAAACCAAGGAGCCACAGGAGCGUGUCAUCCAAGACAGCGACUCGUCGGAUCUCAGCCUUUUCGCUCGCAAUGAGAAGGAAGUUGAGCAAAAUCCAGACAAGGUCACGCAGGAUGCCCAUGCUGGUGUGCAGAAGGCCGAGGCUGCGGCCAUGGUUUGGAGCAAAAAGGUUGUUUAUGCAACCUACGGCUGGAUCUGGGUGUGUUUCUUCUUGCUGGCUCUCCAGUCAGCCAUUAGCAGCACCGUUAUCAACAACGCCUACGCCUCGUUCAGCUCUGCCCCACAAGUCGCAACGGCCAACAUUCUUUACAGCAUUAUCGGUGGUGUGCUCAAGCUGCCUAUUGCCAAAACCCUCAACCUCUGGGGCCGUGCCGAAGGUUUCCUCGUCUUCCUUGGAGUCUACAUUCUCGGCCUGAUCAUUGUCGCGAGUUGCAAUGGCCCCGACUCGUACGCUGCUGGCUACGUUCUGUUCUGGGUGGGGUAUAACGCGCUCUUCUUAAUUAUGGACGUUUUCAUGGCCGAUACCACUGGCAUGCGUAACCGAGCCUUUACCUUUGCCUUUUCGCAAACCCCGUUCAUCUGCACUGCGUUUACUGGCCCCUUGGCCGGCCAGCACUUCCUGAAGAUCGCUACAUGGCGUUGGGCUUAUGGCGCCUUUGCUAUCAUCAACACUGUUGCCUUCCUCCCCCUUGCCGUCGUAUUCAAGUUCUACCAGAAAAAGGCCGAAAAGAUGGGACUGUAUCAGCGGGAGCGGAGCGGACGCACGAUCAUGCAGUCCAUCUCCCAUUACUUUCAUGAAUUUGACUUGAUUGGUGCCAGUCUGUUGAUGGCCGGCUGGGUUCUUUUGCUCCUUCCAUUCAGCUUGCAGACAAACGGACGUACCCAGUACGGAGAUGCCGCCUUCAUCGCCGAGGUUGUGGUUGGUUUCGUCCUCCUCUGUGCUUUCGCCGCCUGGGAGAAGUGGGGUGCGCGUGUUCAAUUCAUCAAGUACGAGCUCUUGAAGCAACGCACCGUAUUGGGCGCCUGCUGCAUGGCCGCUCUGUCCUUUUUCGCCUUUUACUGCUGGGAUCUCUACUUCUACAACUUCUGCAUUGUGGUUUACGACUUGAACGAGUCGAUGGCAGGCUACAUGCUGCAGAUCUACAAUGUCGGAUCCUGCUUCUGGGGUGUUGUUUUCGGUCUCUACAUCCGCUGGUCGAAACACUUCAAGUAUGCUUGUCUGUGCUUUGCCCUUCCCCUCCUCAUCCUCGGAGCUGGCUUGAUGAUUCACUUCCGGGGACAGCACGAGGAGAUUGGCUACAUUGUAAUGUGCCAGAUCUUUAUCGCGUUCGGCGGCGGCACGAUCGUCAUUGGUCAGGAUAUGGCCGUCAUGGCCUCUGCCGACAGAGAAGGUGUUCCCAUGAUGCUGUCCCUCCUCGGUCUCUGCUCCAGCUUGGGAGGUGCCAUCGGUUACGCUGUGGCUGCGGCCAUCUACAACAACGCCUUCCCUGAUGCCCUCCGCUCCGCGUUGCCGGCUGAACUCAAGGACCAGGCCAGCGCAAUCAAUCUGGGCGGUUACACUGCGCAGAAGGAGUACCCCGUUGGUUCUGCCGCUCGCGAUGCGAUCAACUACGCUUGGGGCCGCAGCCAGAUGUACGGCUCGAUUGCUGCUACAGCUCUCCUUGUCCUUGGUAUCCCUGCCAUUGGCGUAUGGAGGAACUACAACGUCGACAAGAAGCAGAACAAGGGAAUCAUCAUCUGAUUGGAUGCAAUUUCGAAAUCAGAUCCUUGAUGCUAUAUAAAAUUACGACUAUACCCGAAUGUACUUAAUAUGUAAUGGUGUGACGAUCCUUAGCUAGAAUAGCGGUUGUUCCUGAAUAGGCAGGCACGAGGGGUGGUGAGAGGAGAGUCUGGCUUGAGAUUCUCUCACUGUUGCCUUCUGCAAUUUUACCUUUUCGCAACUCAGCUAUACUAUAUUCAUAUUUACCUAUCUAUUGUUUUCUAUAGAGAUUAUUCUUUGCCAUCCUCGAUGUCUCAGGCGGUGCC